CGUGGUAGGCAUGGUACAAACUAUACAUCGCUGACUUUUACCGUACGACCAGACGUAACUUUGUUUGGGAAGAAACUUGUGCUUUAUUGUAAUCUAGAUAGACUGUGAUCCGAUCAUGUGUAAUUGUUAGUGUUGGACAAACUAGUGGUUUCACCAGCGGAUGUUAAAAUCUUCACGGCACUUAUCAUCUGACUAAAGAAAAGUCAUCUGAUUAGGCUUUGAUUCUGGGAUGGCAGAACCGCAGCAGCAACAGUUGGUUGACAUCGACCCAGAUUUCGAGCCUCUUUCCCGACCGCGUUCAUGCACCUGGCCGCUGCACCGACCCGAAUUCAACGAGCCGGGGAGCUCAAACACAUCCUCCCCGGCGCCGUCCGUCAAGCCGGAGCACGGCAUUGUGGACUUUAUUAACAGUUUAAGUUUACUAGAGGAGACCGAGGACUACACGGAGGAGAAGCCCGUUCUGUUGUGUAACGACUUCCACUGCCAGGACAACUGCGUUCAUCCCCAGCAACAGCUUUCGGCGGCGGCGUUGCAUCCACAGCAGCCGAAUCCCCAGUUGACGCACCCGCAACAGGUGCCGCCGCUCCCCGCCCCUGCCAGCAGCUCCAGCCCCGCAGCGGCCCAGAGGAAGAGCAGCUCGUCUCGUAGGAACGCAUGGGGGAAUAUGUCAUACGCUGACCUCAUCACCAAGGCGAUCGAGAGCUCCCCUGAGAAGCGGCUCACCCUGUCUCAAAUCUACGAGUGGAUGGUUAAGAGCGUGCCUUACUUCAAAGAUAAGGGCGACAGCAACAGCUCAGCCGGCUGGAAGAACUCAAUCAGACACAAUCUGUCCCUGCACAGUCGUUUCGUGCGAGUGCAGAAUGAAGGAACGGGGAAGAGCUCGUGGUGGAUGCUGAACCCUGAAGGGGGCAAGAGUGGCAAGUCUCCACGCAGGAGAGCCACGUCCAUGGACAACAACAGCAAGUUUACAAAGAGCCGAGGACGAGCGGCCAAGAAAAAGAUGACCAUGCAAGGUGGACUCGAUGGCGGUUCUAACAGUCCUGGUUCUCAGUACCCAAAAUGGCUCGGCAGCCCCAGCUCUCACAGCAAUGACGAUUUCGAACCCUGGACCACUUUUCGUACACGCGCCAGCUCUGAUGCCAGCACCCUCAGCGGACGACGUUCACCCUUCCUACCUGAGGAGGACGAGGCCGGCGAGAUCCACAUUGGGUACCCGGGCACCAAACUAGGCCCCCUGCCCAGCCUCUCCGAAGUAACGGGUUCCCUGGUUCACCAUGGAUCUGAGAGCGUGAUGAUGGAUAAUUUGUUAGACAACCUCAACAUUAUUUCCCCCAAAAGUAACGGGCAGGGAAGCCAAGACGCCCAAUCCGCACUGUCCUCGCCCAUGAUGCAAGGUAGCCCCGGGUAUCCAUCUUACAACUCGCCCCAGCAGGAUUAUCGAAAAUGCCUGUAUGGACAGGGUCCCAUCCCCAUACCAACAUUAUCAGACAGUAAACCGGGGGGUUACGGACCUUUCGCGGGUCAUUACAACUGCGCUCCAGGCCUGCUUAAAGAGUUACUGGCUGCAGAUGCUGAUCAUAGAGGAGACCGCAUGCAGUCUUUAGAAACCAUUGCCUCUCAGGUUGGAGACGGGGUGCUUGCUUGCUACGCUAGGUCAGGACAACUAGGACAUGGUGGGAAAAUUUUAAGCCCACACCCACACACACAUCCUCACCUCAACGCACACCCGCGACCACUGCAUCAGAUGCCCUCACCGCCGAUGGGCAUGAACGGGUGUACCCUGGUGCCCCACGGGCAUCCUUGUCGUCUUGGUAACAUGAAGCCUCACCUGCCUCACAAUCAUCCUGCUCAUCUGGGAAGAGGUGGAGGAGAAGUAGGGUUGCCAAGUUACACCAACGGCUUUCACAGACAUGGAACAGUUCAUCACCACCUUCAUGGUCAUCCAGAACGGUUGCCCAGUGACUUGGAUGACAUGUCGAUUGAGCAGCUAGAAUGUGAUGUAGAAACUGUCCUUCAUGACACACUUAUGGAUGGCGACGCCCUGGACUUCAACUUUGAUCCUAUGAGCUUUCAACAGAGUUUUCCUCAUGGGGUGAAGACAAGCACGAAUAACUGGGUAUCUGGUUAGACAUUAAGUCAAAUAAUAUUACAUCUUUAUGAUGUGAUAUUAUGAUUUGUUAUAUCACAUUGUUUUCAAAGCACUUACGAUAGCCCCCCAAAAUAUAUGCACAAUUAAACAUAAAAUGGCAACGUCCUUUUCUUGCGUAAAGAAAGGCAUUUAUGCAUCUUAAAAAUGUAUGACCAUCUUUGCAUUAAAGCGGCCCUAACACACGGUGCUUCUGCCAAUCUCAAAUUAAUCUUGAGAACCUAUAGAGUGGUAUUGCAUACGUCGUAUCUUCGAAGAGCAUUUAGUUUGAUCACAUUUAUAAAAGAUAGAUACAGCUGUACGAUUACAUCCAAAAUCUUACGGCCCGUGCGGGGAGGAGGGGUAGGCUGAACUGAAGCACAUUGCCAACAAAACAUAGACAUCAGUUUCACUCACCGCAUGCGGUUCAUGUCCGGCAUCUUUUGGCCCUGGGCCGGCUCCAUAUAUCAGUUUCAAACGAUCUCCAAAUCCGGCGUUAUAUCCACCGUUUAUAUAACAUUCAUCACCCAAAUGCAGUGAACAAACAAACACCUGUUUCUCUCUCUCUCUCUCUCUCUCUCUCUCUCUCUCUCUCCUGCACUCAAGUGAAAGUGAAGUUUGCGCAUGGUCCUUCUCUUGCUCUCCAUGCUGCCGCGUGGGUGUGCUUUUCUGGGAGAAUUGUCCAAUAAGGGACUAAGAAAAAUUGUUACAAAACAGUUUUAUAUGUUCGAAAAAAACUUUCCGAAACCUGUAAGAUUGAUGGGGGAGUGUAUUGAGCACAGAAAUACUACGUAAUAAGCCCAACUCGUCACAUCGUUGCAGUACCCCUUUAAAUAACAAAAUAUCAAAGCAUUUUGAUUCAGUCAUCGUUGUGAGCCAAUGAGCAGAUUCGCGUCAUAGCAUCUUUCCGCUCUUACGGGCAAGUGUGACAGCUCAUGUCUGCUUCGGAAACAUUACCGACAUGUUUCAUUUUAGUUAUCUCUUACCACUCGAACUCUCUCUUCCUCCCUGUUUCAUUUCUCAUUUGCAUUUACCUCAGUCUUUACUUCUAAGUACAAAAAUGUACGAAAGGCUCCGUUAUUGUCAGGAAUCAUAGAUUUUGUAUGUACAUUCAGACUCACCAAAAGCAAAACCAAAUUUGUGCUUUCGUAACAAUUAUUUUGUAAUUUUUUUUCAUUGGUCUCUAUUCUGCAUUGAAUUUAAGUGAUGUACAGCUCUGUGUAUCAUGUAAACUGGAGUGUUCUGUAAAUUAUACAUUACAGAUGAAUCAUUUUCACAUCGAUGAUGUGAUGAAUGAAUGCCUUUUGUACAGAGAUGUAUAUUUUGUUGUACCAAUGAGAUGGUAUAUGAAAUGUUUCUAUUAGUAAAUUUUAGUUUCUUGUCUGUUUAAAUGUUUCUCCAAAGAUUUUUUCUCUCAUCCAAGCCUUUAAACUCUAUAAAAAUAUACUGUGGCCUUUGCUGUGUAAUGUAUAAAUAUAUAAAAUGCUUCAUAAAAGUCAAAGCUAUUCUUUGUAAUAUUGAAGUAUUUAAUGUUCCUUUGUUGUGAUAGAUUUUGUUAAAAUUGUGAAUUCUCAUUGAAAGACAAAGAGUUCAAGACUACUUAAGGCUAAAUUUGGUUCUAAAAGGCUUCUUAAAAUGUUUUUUUAUUGUUUUGACAGUGAUUAUAUGAUUAUUGUCUUAAAUUUUGAAUUUCACUGCAAAUGCAAACACACACACGUUGGAUUGUAACUGCAUAUCUACAAAAUAUUUAAUGAUUUGAGAUUUUAAAUCCCAAAAGUGAGGAGAACCAUGAAGGGUUUGUAAAUUAUAAAAAAUAUUUUUAUCAUAUGCAUAUAUUUUUAACGGCUGAUAAACAAGUACCCACAACCUGCAUUUUAUAGUCAUUUUAGACUAUGAAUAUUACAUCUGUAUAUUUAUGUGUCGCUAAAUUUGUGUAAUUUUAUUUUUGUCUGUAUUUGUGUGGAUAGUUUGACCUGUAAAUGGUGUUGAUUUUGCCUUAUUUAAAAACCACAUUAGCUAGUUUUGACUAAUUUCUUUAAUAUAUGAUUUAGUCUCUAAAUGUGUUUGUGACAAUUUUUGUAUUUGCUGAUGUGGACAUUGCUCUCCGAUGUGACGUGAUUGACAUUGGGGGUGGUACAGCGGUGAGUUUGAAACAAACGUAUCAUCCUUGAGUUCUUGUCAGAACCACAGUGCUUUUAUAGACUAGUUAUACAUGGAGGAAGUGCCUGAUAAUAAUGUACUGAAAUAAAACAGCUAUGAAAAAUGAUUGAAGUUAGCAUACGAACAUUUGCAGCUGUUAUAUCAAGCCAUAAUUGUAUA